GCGACAGAAGAGUUCUUGUUACCCUUCGUCGGGUAUAUAAACACCGACGGAUUCCACCUUAGCUAUCAGAACUCCUCUCAGCUGCCCAGCGCCAUGAAGCUCAUCGUGCUUGCGUGCCUUGCAACUUUGGCAGCCUCUGCUCCCCAGCAGUACGGGUCCUCUUCGGAUGAGGUCGCUCCCAUCCUGAGAGACGAGCGCAUUCAGGAAGACGACGGAAGAUACAACUUCGAUGUCGAGACCGGGAACGGAAUUGUCAUUUCUCAGGCCGGCUCUCCUGUGUCUGAGGGCGCCAUUGCUAGUGCUGGACAGUUCUCGUACACUGCUCCUGACGGAACUCCCGUUGUCUUGAAAUUUGUUGCUGACGAGAACGGCUUUCAGCCCCAGUCGGACCUCCUUCCAGUGGCUCCAGAAUUCCCUCACCCGAUUCCUCAGUUCGUCCUCGACCAGAUUGCGACCGCUGAGGCUCAGAGAGCAGCCAUCGCCCGUGGAGAGAAGGUGUCUUACGACUAGAGUUCCUGCGAAUGGCUAUGACGCUUUACAGAUGUGAUCUUGCGAGCCCAUGGCUUAACCAAGUUCUCGUUUUAGGCUCUACCGACUGUGUAAAUAAGGAAAAAUGGCUGUAUUUAUAAUCCAUUUCUUAUUAUUUAUUGAUAGAAUAAAUCCAGAUAAGCAGUUA